AUGCAUUUUAGUUACCCCCUUGAAGAGCCAACCUCAGAGUGCAAAGCACAUUUCGCAUCAACUCCAUGGUGUGCAGCCAUCUUCAACGACCCCACGCUCCAAGCCUUCACUGCUCGAGAUACCCAAAGAAGUUCGGUCCACACCUUUAUGGGCAAAACCUUGGCAACUAAAGAUACCAUCGUCUAUUGGCAAUCGUUUCGAAAAUUGGGAGCUCAACACAGCGACAAUGUGACAGUUCUGUCUAUUGGAAGCGGGUUCAAUGGCCAUGUCGAUACUUGUCAUGGUGGAUUCAUUGGAGUUGUGCUAGAUGGAGUGCUGGGAAAUGCCGUUGCGACUGAAAGAGCUAGCGACAAGGUGAGCAUGACGGUUUAUUUGAAGGUCUAUUACAAGAAGCCGGUUAGAACACCUAGCAAGGUCUUGUGCAGAGCAAAGGUGUACAAGACCGAGGGAAGGAAGAUGUGGGUUAGUGGCACGAUGGAAGACGGCGAAGGGACCAUUAUGGCUACUGCAGAGAGUUUGUUCAUGGUGGUCGAGCCGGUGAAACGUCUGGGGAAGUUGUGA